AAUGGACGGCACAUUUGAGGGAACACUAAUUAAAAGAACGACAUGUAACACUCUAUGUUGAAACCUGGACAGGACUUGGACAUUAGCUUAGGCAAAUGACUUGGCCUAGCUGAUUGAUGACAUUUAGCAGACGCUUUUGUCCAGAGCGACGUACAAGGGGAGAGAACAGAUAGAUGGACAAUAAAGAGCCUUUAGCUUCACCUACUUUAAGCGCUUGCUUUCACUUUUAGUGAAGAACGAACGGCCAGGGUACAUAGUUCUAGUUGUAUAAUAACUAGUUCCACGCUGACGAACCACUUUCAUUCGUCACUCUUGUACAGUCAGGCAAGUAACCAAUGAGAGACACUCUUCGCGUACCAUAGAGUUCAUGCCAAGCGUUAACGAUUGGUGUUGGGCUGCAAAGUGAAUAGUAAGGCGCCGUCUAUAUAGUAUUGGGUAGUCGUCUUAUUUGUGCGUUCGUCCACAUUUUAGUUGAAAGACCAUGUCAAAAAAGACGGCCAAAUCUAUGAUAACUGACGCCUUGGAAGAUCUGUCGUCCAGAGACUUAAAGAAGUUCAGAGAAAAGUUAUGCGAUAACGAAGAGCCGCGCGUCACCAGGCGGUCGGUCGAAGAUGCCGAUGAGAUGGACCUGGCCGAACUUUUAGUAAAGAUAUGUACGGAGGCGAAGGCUGUGAUACUAACUAUUGACCUCUUUACUCAACUUGGAUUCAGUAAUCAAGCAGAAAGGCUCAGAAAAGGUCUAGAAGCUGCAACUGUUCCAAGUCAAGCCAGUUCUGAGAGCCGGACAAAAUAUGUGCUGGAGGGCGGUCAGCACUUCAUCGACAAGCAUCGCAUUCGGCUGAUCGAGAGUAUCACCACGGUGGAACCCAUCCUGGAUCGUCUGUUGGCGAAGAAUGUCAUCACCCAUGAGAACUACACUCUCAUCCGCAGCAAGUCCACCAGUACCCAGAGAAUGAGGGAGCUCUUUGAACUAGGCAGUAUUCGCUCCACUAUAAAAGGCAAAGACUGCCUAUUUGAUGUGCUUAUGGAGUUAGAGCAGUUCGUCAUGGACGACCUGAAGGAAAGGUCGUAAUGACAAGGAUUGUUCGUCUGUGUCAUUAAAGUGAGGGCCCAUCAAAACAUGUGCUUGACUAGGAGGUCUCAAUCCUGCCUUUAGGGACCCCUUGUUUUUCCUGUAUUUCCUGUCUUCCCUUUAUCCCUGCUCCAAGGACAUCUGGUUGAAGUCAAUGUAAUUAGAAUGCUAUUGAUUAGCUCUGAAGGAGUUGAAAAAUCAGAUCCAAUGAAUCUUAUAUUCAUUUUGUAUUUGUUGCUUUUAAUUGGAUUUAAAUGUAAGCAUUUCUGGUUGAAUAUACUAUUAGAUUAGAUGAAAUUACCUGAGAGAGGUGUGAAUGAGUGUUCUCACCUCUCCCCUUCUCUUGGCCUAUAUCAGAGGGUCUUUGAGAUUCCUCAUGAAUACAGGCCUAUGAUCACAGCUGGAUCUCUUAAUCAACUUCCCCUGUGAACAACUGUUGUGCAAUUUCUAUUACAUUUUUACAUUACAUUUAGUCAUUUAGCAGACGCUUUUAUCCAAAGCGACUUACAUAUGUGCGACUUACAAAUAUAUACACAUUUUACAUUUACACUGAUGGCACACUGCACAUCAGGAGCAAUUAGGGGUUCAGUGUCUUGCUCAAGGACGCUUCGACAGGGAAUCGAACAAGCAACCUUCUGAUUACUAAACAACUUCUUUACCUCCUGUACCACUGUCGCCCAAUCUAUGCAGAGCAGGUAAAUAUGGAAGACAUGCAGUACAGAGUGACCAGACAGACUCUCCUUUAACAAAGACCAGACUUCUGUGGGAAAGACCAAACUUCUUUUGAAAACCAAACUUCCAAACUUCAUACCCACCCAAUUAAUGUGCCAGAUUGUUUGGUGGGGCUCUACCUCUAGGUGUCAGCCAUCUCACACAUAACUAAUCAUGGAUAUGUCAGUACUGUUGGUGUGAAGUAAACACCAGCGACAUCUAGGUCCACCAGAGCCCUCGCACAAGAUAAGGACCAAGUGUGGGCAGAGGACUUUUAUUAUUAGUGAUUUGCAUUAUAGGGAAGUUUUGUUUCAAGUAUAUUUUCUAUCAUUCCAUGUUUUUUAUCAACUGAAACAUAAUCUAGCGUGUCAUUAUUGAGACUGUCCAUUGUUAUUCCUUUAGCAAAUAUUCAGUUGUAUGAGUCCUCGGAUGUCUUAUAAUAAAAUGAAGCAGUCUGCCCAUUUA